GUUUUGUGCUUUUGUGCAUGAAAACAAUACUUUCCAAAAAUCAGCCAUAAACAGGAAAAGAAACGCACGUAGCAAGUUGAAAACUAAGUUCUAAAUUGUAUGAACACAAAAUGAGUAAAGAGAAGACUGGGGAUAACUGUAGACCAUUUAAAUUAGCUCAUCAAAUUGUUAGUUUAACUGGGAUCAGCUUCGAAAGGAAAAGUAUAAUAGGAUUUGUGGAGCUAACAGUUGUACCUUUGAAAGAUAACUUACGUGUUAUAAAGCUCAAUGCUAAGCAAUGUAGGAUCUAUAGAAUUAUUCUCAAUGAUCAAUAUGAAGCCCACUUCCAGUACUUUGACCCAUUUCUGGAUAUCUGCCAGACAGAUACAGACACGAGAAGUUUGGAUGUAUUUUCCAACCAUCACCUAAAUGCUGCACUAAAAGUUGACCCAGACAAUUGCGCUGGGGAGCUGGUGGUAACAAUACCUCCAGAGGCAGGACAUCUUGUAGCUGAGGGUACUGCAUUGAGAGUAGGAAUUGAAUUUUCAUUGGAGCAGCCACAAGGUGGCAUACAUUUUGUUGUGCCACCAAAAGAGGGCACUUAUGCAGAGAGAGGAGUGCAUAUGUUCACCUAUGGCCACCAAAAUUCCUCUCGCUUAUGGUUUCCUUGUGUGGACAGUUAUGCGGAACCAUGCACCUGGAAGCUGGAAUUCACAGUAGAUGAAGACAUGACUGCCGUUUCUAAUGGCGACCUCAUGGAAGUGGUCUACACACCGGAUAUGAGAAGGAAGACGUACCAUUACUUUUUGAAUAUACCGACUUGCGCGCCGAAUAUUUCACUCGCUGUAGGGCCGUUUGAAAUAUUCGUGGAUCCUUACAUGCACGAGGUCACACAUUUCUGUCUACCGAAUUUGUUGCCACUUCUGAAAGUUACAACGAGGUAUAUGCAUGAAGCUUUCGAAUUUUAUGAAGAAACUCUUUCAAACAGAUAUCCAUACUCGUGUUACAAGCAGGUAUUUGUUGAUGAAGCUUAUGAAGACUACCAGUCUUAUGCCACAAUGAGUAUUUUAAGUGUUAACCUGUUACAUUCAGCUGUGAUAAUAGACCAGGUAUACAUAUCAAGAAAAGCACAGGCCCUCGCCAUAGCUGAACAGUUCUUUGGUUGUUUCAUAUCUAUGCAAAAUUGGUCAGAUCUGUGGCUGAACAAAGGAAUUAGUCAGUAUCUAUGUGGUUUAUAUACCAAGAAAAUGUUUGGCAACAAUGAAUACAGAGAAAUGAUCCAAUGCCUCCUAUCAGAUGUUGUUAAAUAUGAAGAAGAAUUUGGUGGAAUAAUUUUAGUUCCUGUAGGUGGGAACAUCCCUCAGACAACAACAAAAUCUGAAGAAAAAUUCUAUUUUUCAAUCCGAAACAUCCACACAAUGUCGCCAAGGUACAUCGAAACCUUGCAGAAGAAGGCAUUUUUGGUAAUGAGAAUGCUGGAGCACAGAAUCGGUCAAGAGUUGCUACUGCAAGUAUUCAAUAAACAACUAUCACUUGCCACAAAUGCUGCUCAGCAGAAAAUAGGUAGUGGAUUGUGGGGAAAUAUGUUGAUCAGUACUGAUGUUUUUACCAAAGCCAUUUUCACUGUGACUGGAAAAGACAUGGCUGUGUUCAUUGACCAAUGGGUGAGGACUGGCGGGCAUGCGAAAUUUCAUUUGGCAUCCGUCUUCAACAGGAAAAGGAACACUAUAGAAGUAGAGAUCCGUCAAGAUUGUACCAAUCAGCUAGGUAUUCGAAAAUACGUCGGACCACUUUUAGUUCAGCUGCAAGAGCUUGAUGGUACGUUCAAACACAACCUACAAAUUGAAAAUACAGUAGUUAAGGCCGACAUUACUUGCCAUUCCAAAAGCAGGAGGAACAAGAAGAAGAAGAUUCCUCUUUGCACAGGAGAAGAGGUUGAUAUGGAUCUUAGCGCUAUGGAGUGA